CAUCACUACAGAGACACGCCAGAGGCUGUCCACUGUCCAGGCCCAAGCAGUCAGCCUGAGCCUGCUAGUACAGACUAUCUGGCCUCCUCUUCUUGUGGUCCCUUAUGCUCAAUGAAGGCUAUCUCUGGGUCGCUACAGGAUGGAUGGUGUGGAUUUGACGGUCCUUGUGUGUCAUCAUCAGCGCUUGCUCCUCUGUGACUGUUUCCUGUUCUUUUCCAUUUAUAAAAGAACGCCCCCUCUUCUGGGCCCAACCACCCCUGAGCGCUGUAAAAGUUAUAGUAACUGUUGUUGUUAAGUGACACUUACAGAGGAGGUUAAGUUAACUCUCCCCCCAUCCAAACUCCACAGAGGGUUUUCUCCAGAGGUUUUAUUUUAUAUACCCAUGUUAUAUAUUUCCCCCCUCUCAGGAGUUUGUUUGGAAGACACACAGGUGUUCGGUUCUUCACAACAAAAGUUUUGGUUUAUUGUUGGUUGAGGUUUACAGUUACUUUUUCUCAAGUUUUGGUUCUUCCUUGUAAUUUAUUUAUACUUUAUAUUUUGGAGUUUUUUUUGUUGCUCAUUGCUCACUCACGCCCUGGAAUAAAAAAAACAAGAUGUCGGAAACAGACAAGUUCCUUGCCCCUUUCCCUCCGCCGCCCAAGAAUGUGAAUGGUUCCAGCUCGGACACGUACCUUGGUGAGAAUUUGGGAACCGACGGUGUCCGCCGACGCCGCCACACCAUGGACCGCGACCCCAAACAGGCCGAGCAUCGCUUCUUCCGGCGCAGCGUCAUCUGUGACUCGAACGCCACCGCAUUAGACCUCCCCAGCAAGGCCGUCAUCCUCACCUCCCCGCCUGACUGUGAGCCCCCCAGCCUGGGCUGGCUCUCCCUGGCUGUCCCCUCUGUGGUGGUACCCGAGCCGUGUCUGGCGGUGGCCGAGGUGGAGGCAGAUGAGGAAGGAGGGGAUGGGCCUUGUAGUGCGGUAUUAGGGCCCAGUGUUGGUGGUGGUACUAGAGUGGAUGGUAUGGUAGUGCAGAUAAAGCCAAGCACGGCAGUAUUGGAUGUUUGCGGCGGAGAGAAAGUAAAGAAGCUGUCGUCGUUAGCCGCCGCAGAGGCUCCUGGAAUCGAGGAGGUGGUGCCCAGUAAAGCGGGGGAGCCCGCGGAGGAGGAGAGCGGUAGUGUUACAGAGGAGAUGCGAGAGGAGAAGGAGAAGGGGGCCGCUAAGGCCCUAUUAGAGGAGCAGAAAAGGGAAGCAGAGAAGAAGGUUCAGGACGACAUAGAGGAAGUAGAGACCAAGGCCAUAGGGACCUCGCUGGAUGGACGCUUCCUAAAGUUUGACAUCGAGAUUGGACGCGGAUCCUUCAAGACGGUCUACAAGGGCCUGGAUACGGAGACUACAGUGGAGGUGGCGUGGUGCGAACUGCAGGAUCGUAAGCUGUCUAAGACGGAGCGUCAGAGGUUCAAGGAGGAGGCUGAGAUGUUGAAGGGUCUGCAGCACCAUAACAUUGUACGCUUCUACGACUCCUGGGAGUCUCCCUCCAAAGGAAAGAACUCCAAGUGCAUCGUGCUGGUCACAGAGCUUAUGACAUCAGGCACCCUCAAAACGUAUCUGAAGCGGUUCAAGGUGAUGAAGAUCAAGGUUCUGCGUAGCUGGUGUCGUCAGAUCCUGAAGGGGCUCCACUUCCUCCACACCCGGGCCCCUCCCAUCAUUCACAGGGACCUGAAGUGUGACAACAUCUUCAUCACCGGCCCCACUGGCUCCGUCAAGAUAGGAGACCUGGGAUUGGCUACGCUCAAACGGGCCUCCUUCGCCAAGAGUGUCAUAGGUACCCCAGAGUUCAUGGCCCCUGAGAUGUAUGAGGAGAAGUAUGACGAGUCAGUGGAUGUGUAUGCCUUUGGGAUGUGCAUGCUGGAGAUGGCCACCUCAGAGUACCCCUACUCCGAGUGCCAGAACGCUGCACAGAUCUACCGCCGAGUCACCAGCGGAGUCAAACCGGCCAGCUUUGACAAGGUAGCCAUACCAGAAGUGAAGGAAAUCAUCGAGGGAUGCAUCCGCCAGAACAAAGAUGAGAGAUAUGUCAUUAAGAUCCUGCUGAGCCAUGCGUUCUUCCAGGAGGAGACUGGUGUCCGUGUGGAGCUGGCCGAGGAGGACGAUGGGGAGAUGAUCGCUAUCAAACUGUGGCUGAGGAUAGAAGACGUUAAGAAGCUGAAGGGAAAGUACAAGGACAACGAAGCCAUCGAGUUCUCCUUCGACCUCAAUAAGGACUUCCCCGAAGAUGUGGCACAGGAAAUGGUUGAGUCUGGCUAUGUGUGCGAGGGAGACCACAAGACGAUGGCCAAGGCCAUCAAAGACCGAGUGUCUCUGAUCCAAAAGAAGAGAGAACAGAGGCAGCUGGUCAGAGAGGAGUUGGAGAAGAGGAAUCAGAAGCAGCAGCAGCCCCUACAGGCAGCAGAGGCCCUCAGAUCCCCCAGCAGAGUCAGUCACCCCCAGCCCCCCAUAGCCCAGACUGAGAAGGAGGACCCAGAGAUGGACCAGCAGCAGUACCAACAGGCCAACACCUCCAUGACAUCUGACGGCGCGGUGGACAACGGCCAGGGUUCGUCCCUGUUCUCUGAGUCCCAUCUGGGCCAGCUGACCAUGUCCUAUAGCAACAUCCCUGCCACCCAGCAGCAGCAGGGCCAAACCCAGGCCCCCUACCCCUCCCCUUCCCCCCAGCAGCAACAACAGCAGCAGCAGCUCAAUGCCUACCAACAGCAGAACAUGCCGCAGUCUGUGACUCACCAGUACAGCAGUGGAGGAGGAGUCUGGGCCUCAGCAGGCCUUCCGGACCCCACGCCGCCUCUCUUUCUCCCCUCCAUCCUGGAGCGCCCCGUCUCCUUCUCACCGCCGCCUGCCUGCCCUCCCUCCAAGGCCUACAACGCCCAACGCCGCAAGAGCACGUCUAUCUUGGAGGCCCAUACACGCCACUUCCAGCCUGCCUACCCCCGCUACGCCAGCAGUCUGCACCCCUACCACCCAGGGAUGGAGGGGCUGGGCAUGGGUGGAGGAGGAGGAGUGGAUGGGCACCUGGGAGUGGAUCCCUCGUCCCUCUUCAUGGUGCCCGGCUACGGUGCUCCGAGGCUGGGGUCAUUAGGAGAGCCCAUGCACCAGCACCUCCAAGGGCAGUCCCUCCAGGACCCUCUGUACGGGUACAAGGACGUGAGGGCAGAGCAGCAGCAGGAGGAGGUGGUGGAGGCUGUGCGGAGACUGAGUCUGAACCAGGCAGCGUUGCUGGAUCACUUCGAGGCCAUGGCCUAUGGGGGCUACCCCAUGACUGCUCACCAGAUCAACCAGAUCAGCUUCCACCAGCAGAUGCAGGCCGCGGCAGCCGCCAGCCUGGCCGUGUACGACCCUCCACAGCCGGCCUACGCCCAGACCUACCACCCCCACAUGCAGAGUCACAUGCGCCACAGCCCCAUCCCUCAGCUGCCACCCAUGAGCACCUUGAGCCCGCAGGCCUCGGGUACUACCGAUGGGUACCAGCUGCAGCACUCCGCCUCCUUCCCCCAGUCCGCUCCCCCAGUCAUGGAGCCCCCGCAAGGCAGCGUGUUCGAGUUCCACGUCCAAAACAUGGCUACUGCAGCGGCCGCCGCUGGGGCCGACUCUGGCGUGCUGGCCUCUAGACUGUACAGGGCUCGCCGCGGCUCCAUGGACCUCAACCUGGAGGAGCAGGGGGGACCAGGAGGACAGUCAGGGGGGUCUGGGACCUACAGCCGCCUGCAGCCAGUCACUGAGGAACUCUACAGUUACGUCAGCCCUGAGAUGCCUCUCCCUCCCGGGAGCCUGCUACUGCACCAGGGCCAGAAGGACUGCAGCCCGGAACCUUCCAGUGACUCCAUGGCCUCCUCUGACUGUGGAGAUUUCCACUCUCCUCCGCCCCAGUUCGGGGCCGCCUCGGCCGCCCAGUCCAUCCCACACACCUUCUACGGGGCGGAGGCUGGGGGGAGGGACGCCACUGCAGAGGGCCAUGGAGUGGGCCACCCCCCCAGCCAGCAGACCUUUCUGUUUGUGCCUCCCUCCGAGACCCCUGGGCGUCAGUCCUCUCACGUUAACGUACUACACACCACCUGGGCCCGACAGACGAACGUCCAACCCGACCUCUCGUACCACGAGUUUCCUCUGGCCAUGCAGGGAAACCCUGGGCUGCAGGUGCAACAGAUCCCAACCUCCCAGCCCAACACUGGACACCCUCUGGCCCCCAACUCCCAGCCAGUCCCCGUCGCCCACCAACAGCAUGGAGGUUACUACGUCACAGCGCUCCCUCCGCAGACCCCCCUGCAGGCCUCUCUCCCCCCCACCUCCCAGCCCAUGGUCUCUCAGCCCCAGCAGCAGCAGGCAGGCAGCACUGUGGUACAGAGCCCCUCUCAGACCCAGCUACCCCCUGGACCACAGCCCACACAGCCUUGCAGUAUGGCUCCACCUCCCUCCUCAGUGGGGCUUGUCUCUGUGGCACAGAUGGCCUUCAAUCAGCCCUCGGUCCCGGUUACUGCAGCUGCAGCCCAAGGGGCCCUGGUGUCCCCACAGAGCCCUAUAGCAGCUGCAGCCUUACCUCUGCCUCCUGGGGCUCAUCCUCUACCUGGUUCUGUAUCUGUACCCACUCUGGUGACUCAUCCACCGCCGGCGCCACCGGCCUCCCCUAUGCCGCCCCAAAUGAUGCCUACUCAGCCGCUGGUCGUUGUGGUGCCCGUCAUCAGCGUAGCCAGCACCUCCCCAGAGCCGCCAGGAGAUGCCCAGCCCCAGCCCUCUCAGACUGCUCCUCAGCCUUUGUCAUUGGAACAGUCACAGUUACAACCACCACAAGUGCCCUUGUCCAUGGAGAGCGGUCACUCUGACGUGGCGUCCGGUCUGAGCGAUGGAAAUGAUGGAGGCAGACAAGAGGGGCGCUCCAUCAAGCGACACCAGCGGCGCUCCAUACGGAGUCGCUCUCGCACCGACAAGAUUGGCAAAGCAAAGUUGAAUGUACUAAAUAUAUCCAACAUGGGUGACAGGGUAGCUGAGUGCCAGUUGGAAACGCACAACAGAAAGAUGGUGACUUUUAAGUUUGAUCUGGACGGAGAUAACCCAGAGGAAAUAGCACAGAUUAUGGUCACCAGUCUUUUUAUACUGGAGAGCGAGAGGGAGUCGUUCAUCGAGCAGGUCCGUGAGGUCAUCGAGAUGGCGGACGAGAAGGGUCUGGAGAAAGAUGGAAACACCCAGAUUGUUUCCCAGAUAGUUAGUGACCUCCAGCUGCAACAGAUCCCUGCUACAUCUGACCCGUUGCCAGGUAUCCCUUCCUGUGCAGCCCAGGUGGUCCACUCUGCAGGCAGGAGGUUUAUAGUCAGCCCCGUGCCUGAGUCCAGACUCAAGGACCAGUUCUUUGCUGACUCAGCGGCUACAGGCUCUGCCCUACUGAGACAAGAUUCACAGUCCUUUAAUGCCGCCCGUGCUGGAGCUGCAGGUCAGGGUCUGUCCCAGUCGGCCUCAGCGGUCAGCCUGCAGCAGGCCUUUUCAGAGAUGAGACAGAAUCAGGGCCAGUACGACCCAGGACCCAGCACCGCUCCUCCCUCCAUCCACAUAGCCUCCCUGGCUGUCCUGGUCCCUGCUGCAGCCACCACCAUCCCAGUCUUCUCCACUGCUCCUAUAGCCUCUGCUCAUCUCCCCCAUGCUCAGCUUCCGUCUGAGGCCUCUGUGACCUCCCCUCCCCCCUCAGUCUCCAUCUCCCCUCCAGCCUCCACCUCCACCUCUCCACCUGCAACCAUCCACCAGGCCACCGCCCCCAUCCCCACCCAGCUCCAGUCUGUUGCUACCCAGCCUCUCCUUUCCCAGGCCCCUCUCACCCUGCCGGUGACCCAACCCGUGGUCUCCUCCGUACCUAGUGUUACAGCCCCAAUCCCUGCCCCAGCCACCUCUGUGUCUCCCCCAGCCCCUGCUGUCCUUCCCACCCUCCCCACCUCAGCCUCCUUCCCCCAGACCUCUGGCCCAGGCUCCAUCCCUGGUGGUCCCACCACCUCCAUACCCACGACAGUCCUUUGUCAUUCCGCCACGGCCCCCCUGGUCAGCAGCUGUAGCAGUGGUAGCGGAGGUGGAGGAAGCUCAGAGCAGCUCCCUGUCCCUUCCACUGCUAUCCCCCAGCUCACCGCUACCGUAGUCCCCACCACAGCUAUCCAAGGCCCCCUGCUAGCCCCCUCCGUUGCUAACCCCAGUGCAGAGCUCCCUUCUUCCUCCUCGCCUGUAGCUUCUCUAGCCCCAGGGGCCACGGUCCCUACCUUACAGCCCGUCACCACCACCAUCCCCGUGGUCCAGCCCACCCUGGUGCACACCCAUCCCCAGCCCGCUACAAUGCCCAACCAGACCCACGCCCAGUGUGGGGAGUGUGAGGCGGCCCUGGGCAUUGAUGACAUCCACACGCUGGAUAAGAAGCUUCGCUCCCUCUUCAUGGACUUGGGUGGCGGUGGAACCACCCAGGCCGAUGGCUCUGUCGACCCAGCCGGAGGCACUGGUGUCCCGGGAACCUCUUCCCCAACCGGCCCCUCAUCCACCCCCAGCUCCACAGGCACCCCCCUGCCCCCCUCCAGCCUCCCCCUGGCCUCCUCAGGACCAGGGCAUGUCUCUGGGACCCCCCUCACCACCCCGGGACAGGCUGGGACCCCUUCCACCUACACCCAGACUACCCCCGCCAAAGCACCUCUGUCUAGGUUACCGGUGUUGCCUGUGGGCUCAGAUCAGGCUCAGGCUGGCCCCCCUCCUCCCUCAGACCACAUGGCACCCUUCCCAGGACCCUGUCUAACUCAGUCCCAGCAGCCUCUGGAAGACCUGGAUGCCCAGCUGAGGAGGGCCCUGAGCCCAGAGACUGUCUCUGUCAGCUGUGUCACCACACAGUCCUCCCUCACUGGGAUGCCUGCAGGUGGCCAGCCAGUGCCUUUCUCGCUGGAAGGGGAACCAAUCACGACGCCUAUUGCUGGAGGAUUCCAACUGGGACGAUUCCAGGUCUCUGUGGCUGCAGACCAGGGUCCCCACAAAAUCGAGGGAGGGAGCCCCACAAAAUCCUCCUCCACCUCCUCUUCCUCCUCCUCUCUCUCCAGCCCGGAGAACACACUGCACAAUAUCUCCUCCCCUCUGCGUGGCGGUAAGACUGGUGGGGGAGAUGUUGUGGACGGCCUGCCCUCCCUCCCCCACCGGACCGCCUCCCCUCAGCCCACCACCGUUGGCCGCUUCCAGGUCACCACCAACGCACCGGAUGCCAGGGUGGGCCGCUUCUCAGUGAGCCGAGCCCAGGAUGAGGCAGCCGAGGCUGUGUUCGAGCAGCCACCCGCUUCCCAGGCUAACGGGCCUAGUACUGAUCCUGGCUCGGCCACCAUGCUCUUCAGCCCAGAGGACAAACAGAGCUCCCUGCCCAGCCUCAACAACUCCUACAUGAGCUCUGAUAACGACUCUGAGUUUGAGGACGAGGACUUGAAGAGGGAGGUCAACCGGUUACGGGAAAAGCACAUGAAGGAGAUCCAGGCCCUGCACACCAAGCAGAAGGAUGAGAUUGACUCCCUGUUCGCCAGGCUGGGCAAGGUGCCUCCAGCCGUGGUGGUCCCUCCAGCUGUAGCCCUGGCCGGUCGCAGGAGACGACCCACCAAAAGCAAGAGCAGCAAGUCCAGCCGCUGUAGCUCCUCCCAGGGCAGCAAGAGCCCCCCUGCAGCCAGCACUCUGCACCCUACCUACCUACCUACCUACACUAUGUGUGAGAGUCACUGUAUGCGUGUCUGCACUUUUGGAGGCUGUUCCCCUGACCUGUCGUCCUCCCUCCCCUGUUCUCCUCCUCUGUGUGUAUGGUGUCUGUGUGUGUCAACUUCAGGCAGCACUUUAUCUGCACAGAGCGCCCCCUCAGUGUACCCACCCUACCAGGCUCUCCUCCUGGCCCCUGUGGGCCUCCCCGACCCCAACCUCCACCCUGCCUCAGGGAGCCGACCCCGGCCCCUCAAGCAUCUCGGCCCCUCCAGUGAGAACCUGUGCUCUGCCUACACCAGCGAAGCUACGCUGUCCGUGCCCAGUCUCUGUGCCCCCACCCAAGGGACCAGCAGCACCAACACAGUGAGUGGUCCAGGAGGCCAGGGUCCAGGACCAGGUUCAGGGGGUCAGAACCAGGGCCAGCCUUCUCCCAACCCCCCUCAACAGGGCCGGAAGGGCACGUUCACCGACGACCUGCACAAGCUGGUUGACAACUGGGCCCGCGACGCCAUCAGUCUGUCCCAGGGCAAGAGUCGCUCCAAACACCAACAGCAACCCUCACAGGGACACAGCUACCAGGCGACCCCGUCGACCAAUAAGGGCCGUAAGUUCUCCGCCCCGAGUCAGCUGUGCCCCAGCAACGCCUCUUCCACCCCCGCUACCUCUCUGGGAGGCCGCAAGGGCUCCUUGUGUCCCCCCUCCCCAGUACGGGCGGGGUCGGGGCAUGCUACCCCUCCUCUACUGCACCUUACAGCAGCGCCCAGUGGGUGGGAUCCACGGGGUCCACAGGGCCGGGACAGGGUCAGGCCGUACCCCUCCUCUGCCACUGGGGGGCAGGGCUCCCUGCAGGGCUUCCACCACAUCAGCACUUUGCAGAAAUCCGUCAGCAACCCUGGAGGCCCCAACCUGAGGACCACGUAG